AUGAAAUUUUCUAAGCCCGCUACCUACGGUAUUGCCGCCCUGUCGCUAGCAUCGACUGUCUCUGCUCGCCAAGAAAUCCGUUAUGUCUACGCUGAAGUGGACAUCGACGGCGAGACGACAACGACAAACAUCCGAACCUAUGAUGCGAAUAAUAUGCCAGACUUCCUACGUCAAUUCCCCGGAUUCAUUGGAUUUGGAGAUGUCAGAAGGCCCCCCGAUGAAUCAGAAACCUUUACGUUCUAUGAGGAAACGAGCACCCUGUUUCCGGGACCUGUACACACUGGUGACAGGCCUGCCCAUGGGUUCCCUGGGAACCAUGGAGGUAAUGGGAACCAUGGAGGCAAUUGGAGACCUCACCGGGCCCCUGAUCAAUUACUUGACCAGUCGCAUGGCCAAAAUACCACACAACCAUGCGAUCCAUCGCCAGAAACACCCCCAUCUCCUCCUCCUCCCAUGACUCCUACACCAACGCCUCCACACGAUUCACCAUCGCCUCCUCCACCAUCUCCUCCAACUCCAUCACCAAACCCUCCAGUCAACCCUCCAGCUCCAGAUCAUGCGUUACCAAACCGUCAAAAUCCUCCCCCAAGCCCUGAAGCUCCUCCAGUGCCACCUCCAACUCCAGGACCUUCAUCUUCCACCAGCAGUUUGGCAUCCACUGCCCCUUCACCUCUUCCAUCUCAUUCUCCAGGCGACGAUGACAAUGCAACCGGCAGACAAUCUAACAGUCUCAGAGACAGAGCCCUCAGAGCACACAACCAAAAGAGAAGAUUGCACAGGGAUACAGGUGAACUUAGAUGGUCUAAUGAGUUACAGGAAUUUGCUGAAAAGUAUGCCGAAGAUUAUGACUGCAGUGGCAAUCUAAAGCACUCUGGUGGUCCAUACGGUGAGAACCUCGCAGUUGGAUUCCCUACUACUGAAGAUGCUAUUGAAGCGUGGUAUGACGAAAUCAAGGAUUACGAUUUCUCCAAGCCGGAUUUCUCGGAGGAAACAGGUCAUUUUACUCAAAUGUUAUGGAGAGGUACUUCCCAAGUUGGAUGUGCCGAAAAGCGCUGUAGCCCUCGGGUUGGUACCUACUUGAUCUGUAACUAUCUCAGCAGAGGUAACGUUCUCGGUCAGUUCGGUGCCAAUGUUAACCGUUUGCGCUAA